AUGGAUAAUGACACUCAGCAUUCACAAAAUGAAAAAUUACAUCCUAUAAAAGAAAUUACAUUUGGAGCCAUAUCAGGAAUGAUUGGUAAAUUAAUUGAAUUUCCAUUUGAUACAAUAAAAGUAAGAUUACAAUCAACAAAUGAAAAUCAUAUAUCAACUUUAAAAAUGAUUAGGCUUACAUUUAAAAAAGAAGGUAUAAUGGGAUUUUAUAAAGGUUUAAAAGCUCCUUUAUUUGGUGCAUGUUUAGAAACAUCAAUUUUAUUUACCGGUUAUAAUUUUGCAAUGAAUCAAUUUGAGAACAAGCUGAGUUUGGUGAAUAAAUGUAUUGCAGGUGGAAUUUCUGGUUUCAUGGUAAGUUUUAUUUUAACACCUAUUGAAUUAGUUAAAUGUCAAUUACAAGUUGUUAAUAUGCAACAGGGAAAUAAGCAGAUAAACCAUAGUUAUUCAUCAAUUAUAAAAAAUAUUUUACAAAAAAAUGGUGUAUUAGGAUUAUGGAAUGGUUUAAAUUCCACUUUAACAAGAGAAGUUGUUGGUACAUCUAUAUGGUUUGGAACUUAUGAAUUUUUAAUUGAAGAAUUUAAUAAAUCCAAGCAUCCAAUUAUUAAAAAUAAAGAUUUACAAUUAUUAACUAGUGGAGCUAUAGCAGGUAUUAUGUUUAAUUUUUUAAUGUUUCCAAUUGAUACAAUAAAAUCAAAUAUUCAAACUAAUGAUAUUUUAAAUAAAAGUCAUCAUAAUCAUCAUCAAACUACUGAUUUUUAUAAAGAGUUAAGAAAGUUAAUGAUUAAAAAAGGUGGGAUUAUGAAUUUAUAUAAUGGAUUAGGUAUAACUAUGAUUAGAUGUAUACCGGCAAAUGCAUUAAUUUUUUAUACUUAUGAAAUAUUGAAACGAAAUUUUUAA